AUGAAAAUCCUCAGUUGGUACUAUAGGGGGUUGGGGAGUCCCCAGGCAGUUCGAGCCUUGUUGAGGCUCAUACAUGUUGGAAAUCCCGACUUGGUGUUCAUUAUGGAAUCUAGGCUCAAAGAAAUGAGAGUCGGACCAUCAAAUUCAAAAGUGAUAUGGAGUGUUGUCAUGGUGUGUAUUGCAGUGGCAAUGGUCGGGAGAGAUCUGGUGGACUUACCUUGUUGUGGAAGGAAAAAGUUUAGUUAA